CAUUUCGCUGGUUGCAGUUGGAUGGUUUAACGCGUGGAAUCUGCAGAAAUCAGGACAGAGCAAGUCUCGAAUUCACGACUAGACAUUUUGCUGGCCAACCGUCGAAGAGUUGGAAAUUCAUUGACCCCCCUUCAAUAGCAUUAUUAUUGUCGCUCCUACACUGCUGUGCCCUCAAUUCGUACAAAAUCGCACAUUUGGUGAUCUGACUGAUUGUGCCGCUGUCCCUCCCCGGACCGUCGCAUGGCUCAAGAUGCUUUUUUAUCCGGACGAAGCACAGCAAAUGCAUCGAGCCACUUUAAGGGCAAGCUUGACAACGUUCGGUCUCUAGUCACGAUCCUCAAGGCCAUCUCCUUCAAGGAAAAAGCCAACUGCGUUAUAAAUAGACAAGGCAUUCAAUUCAUUGUCGAAGAGUCAAAGGCCUCCCAAGCGCGGACGCAGAUCAGAGAGUCGCAUUUCCGCGAAUUUCUCUUCCCACGCAGCCGCCUCGGGUCGCCAAACGGUGAUGACAGUGGUGACAUUGAUAGUGAAAUAUGCUUUUGCAUCGAGCUCCCUACCCUACUGGACUGCUUAACGAUUUUUGGCGGUACCAGUGCUAUUCCAUAUUCUUUAUCGACGGGUGGGAAUGACGGCGGGCAGCGGGGUCACGGAGGCUUUUUUGGCGCGAGUCAAAUUCAAGAUACCCAAACCGGCGGGUUGGGGAAGGAUAGGGAUCGAGUUGCGGUGCGAGUAAUAUGCCCGUUGGAUGGCGAUCAUCUUUCCCUCAUGUUGGAAGAACGCGGCGUAGUAACAGAAUGUCGUUUGACGACAUACAAUCCUGAAGCGCUCACGGAUCUUUUUUCAACAUUCGCAGAGCAGCGCAUGGUCAGCAAACUGAUUAUGAAGUCAGAUUGGCUCAGAGACGCCUUUUCAGAACUGGACGGCACAUCAGACACGAUCACGCUCCACAUUUCUCCAGAUGCACCCUACUUCCGUCUCUCUGCUUCCAGUUUAGCAGGUGAUGCUCAAAUGGAUUAUCCGAAAGACACAGAUGUGAUAGAGUCUUUUCAUUGUCUCCAUCCUAUCGAAAACCACUAUCAGCAUACUCUACUACAGUCAUGUCUGAAAGCCUUGAGCCUUUCUUCAAAAACGUCGAUUCGUGUUAAUGAAGCGGGAUUUUUGAGCAUGCAAUUCAUGAUAAACGUCAAUGAGAAGGACAUUGAGUUUGUUGAGUAUCUCAUCUCUCCAAUAGCAGACUGGGAAAACGAGUGACCCAUUUAGGCGAAAAAUGGGUAGAAACCAAACCCACUGAGACUGACUAUAUAUCAUGAGGGUAAAUUACAAAAUAAACAGCAAAUUGAAAAAUGGAGA